CUUCCUUCAAAGCAAAGAUUCUACACAACAAGCUUCACUACUGCACGAUUCUGCCGAUAUUUGGUGUUUCAAGUCAGCUGAUGUUUUCAAAACAUUGGGUAUUCUCAAAAACAUGGAUAAAGCAGCCAGACAUCACCCAUGGAUUCUGCAAUUGCAAAGCACUGUCCAGAGCUUGUAGCCGGUGAGCGAAGCGGUCAUACGGCUGUAGCUGAGGGAAAUGUCCUGUACGUGUGGGGAGGCUACGUGUCAAUUGCUGAUGGUGAAGUUUUUCUGCCAAAUGAUGAAGUCUGGUUUUAUGAUUUAGAAAGAGGUGUAUGGGAAAUGUGUAAAAUGUCUGGAGAGGUCCCACCCCCAAUGUCAGGCACCUGUGGCUGCUCUCUGAAUGGAGACAUGUACAUAUUUGGGGGAUGCAAUGACAACGGACAGACCAAUCAGCUUUACUGUGUCAACCUCCUGGAUGGGAAGUAUAGCUGGAGGAAAGUGAACCAUAAGAGUGGCUCCUCUCCCUCACCCAGAGAUAAGCUCUCUUGUUGGGUUUUCAAUGGCAGGCUCAUCUACUUCGCUGGAUAUGGUCAUAAGCAAUUUGAUGACAUCGGUAACAAUAGAAGCUUCCUUAUGGAUGAGGCAUCAAGGGUCAUUUUUGCCUCCGGGUGCAAUUAUGUCCAAAGGUGGAUGACAUCUAUUGGGGAUGGAACAAUGAAGUCCAUAUGUUUGACCCAACAUCGACCAGUUGGAGUGAACCACAUACCAGUGGUCGUGCCCCUGACCCCAGGGCUACCCAUGCCAGUGCAACACUUGACAACAAAGGAUACGUAUGUGGAGGCAGAAUAAGGGAAUCCAGGACAAGUGACAUUUAUUGUCUAGAUCUAGAAUCAUGGACAUGGUCCGAAAUGUACGUAUUUACUGUUCACUCUUUGAAAUGCUCAACUUAAAAUGGUUACUGUUCUGUACUAUACUGUUUUCACAUCACACUUGAUUUUUUUUUAUCUGUUCUUUCAAAAAUGGCUUUUCCAGAGUAGCAGAAUCCACUGUGCCAAUGGGAAGGUCGUGGCAUACCCUAACCGCUAUAUCUGAUAGCGCUUUGUUUCUAUUUGGAGGACUGGGUAUGGACUGCGAACCAAUGAGGAAGUCAUUUACUCAUUCAGGUCCCUAUCCUACCUCUGUACCUUAUAUUCCAUGGAAACAUGGAAUUAUUUGGUUUUCUAAAAAGAUUAUGUUUCUUCAGGCGAUGGCAAAGAAAUGGAGAGAGCUUGAGCAUCCAUACAUGAACAAACCAAGGUAGUGUAUGUGCAAGUUGUUAGCAGAAAGUGUUUCAUUUUCCAAUCUGAAAUCUGAGGAAUGUACCUAAAAUGUGCAAAUAGUAAAACUGUUAACACAUUGUCUGACUCAGAGUGAAUUAUAGGAUCUCUAUAUGUAAUUCUAUGAUAUGGGCCUCAUUUCCCAGAGCUUUCAUAGCGUUAGUGUUAAGAUCAUCGCUAGAACCUUCUUACGAUGUGUCUUUAGUAGUGAAAGUGUUUCCUAGAGCCUUCGUUAGUAAAGGGGCUGUUAAAAACCUUCGCACAUAGACUGAUCCAGAUUACUCGUAGAGUAGCCAAAGUGCAUCGUUAGAAGAUCUCUGCUAAUUGGCUGUCUGUCUGACUGUAACUGCCCAUAACUUCAGAACGAAGUUGACUACAAAUAGGAAAGUUCUCAAAGUAUUUGAAAUUGUUACAAACAAGUGAAGGAUACAAUUAUGUUUCAAAUUUAAACCAAGAUGACUGCAUUGAAAGAUACUUAGGCUACAUGGGCCUAUAUAGGCUAUUUCAAUCAUAUUGAAAUCAAUUUCAUGUUCAAUCGAGUUCUAUUUUGCGACUUAGCUACUGUCUGGAAAUGUUUGCCUUAAUGUGUUUCAG